GCUGCUUCGCUGUCUUCGUCUCGGCAACGCCCUCACCACAUCUGAAUCUCAACCACCCCACCCCACCCCCGCGUCCCCCUCCGCAUGGCGCCGGUGAUGGGGCUGAAGCGCCCGGCGGCGGCGGCGGGUGCGGGGGCGGCGGUCGCGCAGACCGUCACGCUGCCCGCGCCGGCCGUGCGGGACGCGGUGCGCGCCGCCGUGCGGGAGGCCGAGGCCACGGCGCAGGCCACCGCCCCGGCCGCCAGGGUCCCGGCGGCGGCGGCGGUGCCGGCGGAGAUCGCGAGGGACGGGGUGCUGUGCCUCGAGGAGAUCGACGGGAGGCGGUGGAGCUACGUGGUCGACGCCGCCGGCGCCGCGGUCAAGGCCAAGGGGAGGGCGUCCGUCGGGGGCGCCUUCAAGGCCGUCCCGCUCCAGUCCCCGCUGCCGCCCGUCGAGGAAAUAAUGUCCUUUAUAAGGUCAUAUGUUGUACCUGAAGGCUUUCCACACAGUGUCACUCCUUCAUAUGUACCAUACAUGUCAUGGAGAGCAUUGAAGCACUUCUUUGGUGGAGCAAUGGGUGUGUUUACAACAAGAACCCUUCUAAACUCUGUUGGAGUCUCCCAAAGCAAAGCUGUACCUGGUGCUGUGGCAAUCAACUGGAUACUCAAGGAUGGGGCUGGACGCGUUGGGAAGAUGCUUUUUGCCCGCCAAGGGAAGAAGUUUGACUAUGAUUUGAAGCAGCUCCGCUUUUCUGGUGAUCUUCUGAUGGAGUUAGGAGCUGGGAUAGAAUUGGCUACUGCAGCUUUUCCACAACUUUUCCUACCAAUGGCUUGCAUAGCAAAUGUUGUUAAGAAUGUUGCUGCUGUCACUUCGACCUCCACUCGCACACCUAUCUACAAAGCAUAUGCAAAAGGAGAAAAUAUUGGUGAUGUCACUGCUAAAGGAGAAAGUGUUGGAAACAUUGCUGAUCUGUUGGGAACUGGUUUGAGCAUUCUAAUCUCUAAAAGCAAUCCAUCACUUGUGACUUCAUUUGCCUUCCUGUCUUGCGGAUAUCUCCUCAGUUCAUAUCACGAGGUGCGAUCUGUUGUAUUGAAUACUCUAAAUAGGGCAAGAUUCACUGUAGCUGUGGAUUCUUUUAUCAAGACUGGGUAUGUACCCACAUUGAAGGAUGGAAACUCACAAGAGACAGUAUUUAAUCCACCUUGGCGACACGAGCCAGUUGCAAUAGGAUCAAGAUUUGGGGAGGCAUUUCAGGAACCUGCUUCGUUUAUUGCUAUAAAGCCUAUGUUCGAGGAUGAAAGGUAUAUUGUUACAUAUAACCCAACAAAGGACAAGGUAUAUGCUUUGCUCAAGGACCAAGCAAAGCCGGAUGACAUUCUCAAAGCUGCUUUCCAUGCACAUGUGUUACUGCAUUUUAUCAAUGCUUCACAUGCUAACCUGAAUGCAAGAAGGCGCAUGAACUCCAGCCGGUCAUACCAGCAUAAUCCAGUGAACAUGGACUUCCUACCACACAUUGAGGAAUCAUGCAAGAUUGUAUUGUCAUCUUAUGGAGUUUUCAAGAAGAAAGCUAGAGAACAGGGAUGGAUAAUGUCAGAAUCACUUCUUAACCCUGGACGAGCGCGAUUGUGUGGAGUAGUACCACAGUGAUCUCAGUCUUUUUCAUUGAUCAUGAUGAAGAGGAUGUGUAUUUUUUUUCAUACUUUUGAGUCCAGCCCUAUGCGAGUCAGCAGACCUCUAACCAAAUCAACAGUCAGCUCGAGUACAUGAAAUGCAUCAAAUCCUCACAAGCCCAAAAGGAAGACUACUUGUACCUGGAGCAUUUGAUUACAGCACUCACCGUGAUAAACAGGCUUUGGAUGGGGUGUGCUGACUCAUGCAUGACGGGUGAAGGGGCUCCAAACUAACUCUGGAAGACCAACUAACAAACCUUUUUGUAUAUUCUUUCGGUAUUGUAUAAUGGAAACGGCUAUCCUUGCUAACGUGACCGGGCUUAGUGGUCACCUUCUGAGUUAUUUGACUGUUUGACAUUGCACUUCCCCCACUAACUUUGCGAUACCCUGGUUCUCACAUUUCCCUGACAUGAGAUGUAAAUUCCAGUUUUUGAUAAAGAUGAGCUGUGUUUUAUAUCCAUA